AUGGAAAAAGUAGUGCUGAGGAAGCAGAGAUUGCUUGCCAACCCUUCUAUGAAACAGGCAAUGUUAUUUCCGCAACCAGCUCAAUCAGGUGAUGCGUUCCAUCAAAUUUUGAAUGGACUCGCUCGUAAGCUGCCACACAACAAGAGCGUUUUCCUGAAGCCGGGUGAGAAGAUCUUAAACUGGACUGCAGGCCCAGUGGGUGACCUGAAACCUUGGUAG